GUGCGCCGCUCCCGCGAGUUCGCCGCCGGCUCAGGCCGGGGGGCGCGCGGCCAUGGGGCGGGCGGGAGCCGGGAGGCGCGCGGGGAGCGGCGGCGGCAGCGGGACGGACGGGGAGGAGAUGGGCUCGGCGCCGGGAGAUCAGUCUGAGCUGUCCUUGGAAGAACGGCUGCGCAUGCAGAGUGCGGCAGGGACAAGAGCGUGCCGGCAGCUGACGGCCGGGAAGAAAACAGCAAAACCUGGCAAAGCCCCGACCAAGCAGCAGCUAAACAAAAAGGGGCCAGUGGAGAUGUCCGCCAAGAAACCCGUGCCUUUUCUGCGACAAGUUGUCUCCGUUACAAAGAAGGUCCACAGAGACCCUCGAUUUGAUGACUUGUCUGGAGAGUAUAACCCUGAAAUAUUUAUGAAGACAUACAGCUUCCUGGACACCAUUAAGAAGCAAGAGAAGGAGAUGGUUCAGAAGCAGCUGAAAAAAUGCCGGAAUGUGGAGCAGAAGGAGAAACUGCAGCAGCUCCUGAACCGCAUGACACAGCAAGAACAGGCACAGAAAAAACAGCAAAAAAGGAGGGAAAGGGAGCUGACUUUGAAGAGACAGCAACGGGAGCUGGCCAAGCAGGGAAAGAAACCCUUCUUCCUAAAGAAGUCUGAGAAGCGGAAAUUGGAGCUAGCAGAGAAGUAUACGGAGCUUAAGAGGAGUGGAAAGCUGGAGAGCUUCCUGAACAAGAAAAGGAAGAGGAAUGCUGUCAAAGAUAAGCGCCGUUUGCCCUCACAGAAGAACUUGUGACUGCUGCACAGGCAUGCUGUUACCUGGAGAGGUGGUGCUGGCACCGAGAUUCACUCUGGCCAGGCCUGGAAGAUGGCAGCCUCUCUUCUCACUUUCUGCCUUUCACUGUACAGUGAUGCUGUUAGGCAGCAAAGUCUGAACAGGAAAAAAAAUGUGCUUUCAGUAGCUGAAGGGACCCCUGUACUCGUGCUUUACAUCAUGCCUGGGUUGUGACAAGUCUGUUAUGCAGAUGCAUGUGGUGCUGAUCAGUUUCUCUCCUUGCACCUGCUCUUCCUGUAGCUAGGAGAGCCUAGGCUGUGCCCUGCACUGCUGGCUCUUCUCCAGGUCUUACUGGGUCCCAGUGAAGUGGAAAGGGGCAUCAGGUUGCUCAGAGCUUGGUUUGUAUAGGUCUGCACAUGUACAGGGGCAGAGGGCACUACUGCUCUGGACCCCUGUUCCACUGCUUCAAGUUCUCAAGGUGAAUUCCUUUUUCCUCCAGGAAUCCUGCCUGGUUUUAAUCUGUGAUCACUGUCUUGUUCUUAGUGAAGUGCCUGGCUUUGUCUUGUUAAAAACCUUGUAGUUGCUCUGGAAAUGAGCAGGAAGGGGUGCUCCUAGGUCUCUUUGAAGCCUUCAUCUCCUGAGACUGAAAAAACCCACACCUCCCAGCACAGUUCUCCAGCCCCUGGCAGCUUUUGCACCCUCCAAUGGAGUGACCCCAGAGAACCAAUGAGGGUUCUGAGGGCCCAGCUGGGUGGAGUGUCCAAAUGUAAUCUGCCCAGUGCUGAGAAAAUGAGAGAGAUUAGCAUCCCUCUCUGCGGGUGCACCCUGGUGAAGUAGCCCAUGGUGUGGCAGGCCUCUCUCACAGCUGACCUACACUCAAGCACUGCUGCCCAGGAUCUCUCCAGCAGGGCUGCCCCCAUCUCAGCCUGUUCUCUAAAGGGCUGCUGGUGCUUCUAGGUGACACUGGUUCUGCAUAAAAUAAAUGCCUGCUUUCCUUUA